AACUUUUCAGACAAUAAAGAUUUCUAACUUACCACCCAAAAGACUAAAGAAACUAAGUGAUUCCUCCGACGUGGUCCCCAGUAUUAAAGGAACUUGAUUGAAAUUUCCAGACUCUAGACUCGGAAAGCUGCGGUUUGUGACACUUUUCAUUACAUUACCGCAAAACGAUAUUACUGCCAUUAAAGAUGACGUUCGUUUCCGUCGUACUGGUUGUUGUACUGUCGACCCUUUCAACGAGUGACAAGCUAAUUAUGGGCGACAGCACCGAAAUUUAUUUCGAACACUUCUUGGAGGAAUCUGGCUGGGGAUUGUAUUCGAAAUUUAUCAUCGGGUUGACCUGCUUCUGCAAUUUUGCACAAGGUUUCACCCUUGUCGCUCUGCCCAUGGCGCUCGCGUUGUCUUCGUGCCAAAGCUCUGGCAUCACCGACAAAAUCGUGUUGAGAAUAUUCACCAGUUUUUACAUCGGGCGUUCUUUUGGCGGACUUUGCACUAACUGCCUCGCCGACAGAUACGGAAGAAAGCGCUACUUGACCUACAGCCUGAUGGUGGUGUUCCUGUCUACGUUCACGUCAGCGUUCGCUUACAACCCCUACGUCAAUAUUGGAUCCGCGUUUUUUCUGGGAAUGGGGAUCGAAAACAACACGACCGUCCUGCGACUGUUGCUGAUCGAAAGCUUGCCGCUCAAAAAGCGAGGAUCCUAUUUCACGUUUUGCACCGCGUUUUGGUCGCUGGGAUAUCUAACUACGAUAGGGGGUACGUUAACGUUCAAACCGCCACCGCUGCUGUCGAGUCUCAAGGGAAGAAUUGACAGUAAACUGGCUCCUUGGCGGAUAAUGUUUGCGGUGUGCGGAGGUCUGAACCUUUUCAUAGCCUGCGCGUGCGCGUUGCUCGAAGAGAGUCCCAGGUAUUUUUUGUCACUGGGCAAGAACUACCUGGCCUAUCUCGUGCUGAAGCAGUUGUAUGCCAUUAAUAAUUCAAAAUUUGCCGAUACGUUCAAGACGAAAGAAGACGAUAUUAAGAACGUAAUACGACCUUACGAAUUCGCCUAUGUGGAGCCAGAGCAGUAUUGGGAUGUAUUCCAAGUUCUUUGCUGGAGAUUUUAUAGAGCCGUGAGAAUGGCUUUUUCGAGGCGACUUUUAACCACCACCUUGGCUCUUAUCGCGAUUAAAACGCCAAUUAUGGUGGUCGGAGUGUUUCAACUCCACGUCGCCCUGUCCAAACAGCUCGCACCUGCUGGGGAGCCCGAUCACCAGCUUAAAGGAUUAGAUUUUUCGUAUCCCGUGGUGUAUCCCGGAUUAUACUAUCCCGAUUUAGGCACGAACGGGUCGUUGUGCGCCGACACCAAAGCGAACGGCCAUUUUUUGACAUACGUAACGGUACUUGGACUGAACGUUAUCUUGGGAUUCGUCGCCACGGCAGUAAUGGUUGAUAGACUUGGCCGAAAGAUACCGAUAUUUGUAGGAUUGCUAAUGGCAAGCAGCGCCUCCAUAGCAAUGGCGUACGCAGGUAAUUUUACCGUGAAGAUCAUCUGUGCCUGCUUCGUAUUGAUGUCAAUCAGCAGCGUCGCUUCUAUGGAGGCUCUGGUUAGUGUAGAAUCUUACCCGACCGUGAUAAGGGGCACAAUGUGCGGAGUAACCAAUUUUUUUGGGCUGUUAUUGGCGGUAGUCUUCAUCAAUCACAUAGCCAUCGACCACAAGGCCUUCAACCUGAUAUCUGGAAUUGUAUUUUUCGGGUCAGCAGUGUUUUCCUGUUUUCUAAAAGAACUCAAAGGACGACCUAUGAUCGAAUAAGGCUCAAACAUUUGUCGAUGGUACACAAUAAAUACGG